AUGGCUCGUCUUUCAUGUGGUAUUCAAUGUUCGCGUACAAUGUUAUUCAUCUUGAACAUUGUAUUUCUUAUUUUGGGUUUGUCACUGUUGGGUUUUGGUAUAUAUUUGAGUGUUAGCAAAAAAUUUGAUGUCGCUUUGUCGGAACAUAUCAAUGCUAGCGUUCUCGGUGGAAAUGUUCUACGAGAUAUUGGAUACGUUCUGAUUAUUUUUGCUGUUUUCACUGUACUAUUAUCAACAUUCGGCUGCUGUGGUGCAAUUUGUAAAAAUCGUGUGUUGCUCUAUUUAUACACGUUGAUCCUUAGUCUUUUGGUCAUUGGCGAAAUAGUGGCAUUUAUUUUAUUGUUAAGUUCACGAACGUCGAUUCGUGAUAGCUAUCAAAGUGGUUUCAAGGAAUUCUUCAAUGAAGCUUACAGCAAUAAUCAUACGGACCUUGAGAAAAUUAUCGAAGAUAUGGAGAUUGAAUUCAAAUGUUGUGGUGCAAACAAUGUCACUGAUUAUUAUACGCGCAAUUUUACCGUUCCAUCGAGUUGCCAUGAGAAACAAGAUGUACACAAACCGAUUUUUAGUAAAGGUUGCGCAGAGACGGUUGUUGAGUGGCUCUGGGAUCAAUUUCCGAUUAUCGGAAGUGUCUUGGGUAGUAUUUUCCUAAUUGAAAUCUUUGGAAUUAUAUCGUCCGUUGCUCUGGCAAUUGCAAUUUCCCAUUCGACAUACAAUGAAAUCUUGUAA